UUUCUAGUCCGGCGCGGCCCCCAGCCCCUGUGCUUUCGGUCCGGCCCCCUUGCAGUCCGCUCCGGCUCGUGAGCGCGCUUCCGCCCACCCCGUGACCCGCGAUCCAGCGCCUGUGCACUCCGCGGUGCAGUCUCUGUCUGGGAGCGUCUACGGGCCGCCGACCAUGCCCGCGGGUGUGCCCCUGGGCACCUACCUGAAAAUGUUCGCAGCCAGCCUCCUGUCCAUGUGCGCGGGGGCCGAAGUGGUGCACAGGUAUUACCGGCCCGACCUGACGAUACCUGAAAUUCCACCAAAGCCUGGAGAACUCAAAACAGAGCUUUUGGGACUGAAAGAGAGACAACACCAACCUCAGCUUUCUCAGCAGUAGAAAUGAAAUUACAACUAUGCCAAGAUGUCUGUGAAUAGUAUUUUAAAUAUGUGUACAUAUAUUUUAAAUAUGUAUGUUAAAAAGUUGAUUGAGUCAGACUGUGUGUUCUUACGCAUUUCGUCCAAUGCUGAAUGUAAGAGGAGGUGCUCAGGGCCGGGCUCAGUGGCUUAUGCCUGUAAUCCUAUGACUUCAUGGCACUAUACCAAGGGCAACAAAGUGAGACUAUCUCCCCUCCAAAAGAGGAGGUGCUCAGUACAUUGAAAUUUUUUUUUUUUUGUAGAGACAGAGUCUCACUGUACCGCCCUCGGGUAGAGUGCCGUGGCGUCACACGGCUCACAGCAACCUCUAACUCUUGGGCUUACGCGAUUCUCUUGCCUCAGCCUCCCCGAGCAGCUGGGACUACAGGCGCCCGCCACAACGCCCGGCUAUUUUUUUGUUGCAGUUUGGCCAGGGCUGGGUCUGAACCCGCCACCCUCGGCAUAUGGGGCCAGCGCCCUACUCACUGAGCCACAGGCGCCGCCCAGUACAUUGAAAUUUAAUAAUGUUUUGACCAGUAUUUCUUGAAAACUGCCAAAGUGCUUGUCAUCUGUUUCUUGAAUGUGAUUUGGAAGAUACUUAGUCUUGAAUAUCAUAUGAGACACAAUAUUUGCAAGGGUACCCUAUGGGUUGUCUUGAUAUAAUGUAAAUCAAUAAUAAAAUCAUUUUAAACCUAUUAACG